AUGCACCUUAAUCCUCGACCGAGCCGCUGUUGUUGUAACAUCCAACAAUCGUUCUGGCUUCUGUCCAGUUUCUCCUCUUCCCUCUAUUACUCUGCAAGGCAAAGGAACUGUACGUGCAGGACGAAGGCGGGCUUUGGCCGCGAUGUCCACGUCACCGACAGAUCGUGGCUCUCUCCGAAACAAGACGUGGCUGAGCGGAGCCGGAGCCUGCUCAAGAACAGCGCAGCGAAGAAGAUAAAAGCGGAAAUUGUUUCGGCGCUCCCUCUGCUGACUAAAGAGAUCAUCGAUGAGCUGAUGCCUAACAAGGAUGGCAUAGAGGUGGUCAAGCUCGCCACCCGCGCCCUGGUGUACUUCCACGUCCCCACCAAGACCCCCCUCUUCUUCGACUCCGACGGCCGCAACAACCUCUUCCCCACCGUGUACGCCCUGUGGAGGGUCGGGCAAUUGGCAUCGACAACGCCAGGAGCGGCGGCGGCGGCGGCGGCGGGAGGCGGGGCGACGGCGGCGGGGACUGAGGCAGGCCGGUGUUGCCCUCCCCUCGUGGUCCACCCACCUGUCAGCAAGUUCCUUUUGAACGGAGCUGAUGUCAUGCUUCCAGGCGUCGUGGUACGGGAUCUGGCCUCGGUGGACUACGUGAUGGGGGAGAGGCGAUGCGUCAUGUCCAGCGGUAACCCCGAGCCGUACGCGGUGGGGGAAAUGAUCAAGGACAGAGAGGGCGUGGUGCACGGAGGCAUGACCGGGAAGGGGAUGAAGGUUGUGCAUUGCUACCUCGACUAUCUGUGGCAGAUGGGGUCUCAAACCCUGCCGAACGAAGGCUUUCGACCAGACGGGGUUUACCGAUUACCGUCGGCAGGAACACCGAUCUCGAACCAGGAGGAGCUCGUGGACGAUGGAGAGGUUGCCGACGAUUGGGAGGAUUUGUCGGACCCCGCUGCAGCGGCUGGGGCUGCUGGGGGAGGGGGGAGUGGCGGCGGCAGCGACGAAAAACCAGCGGCGGCGGUAGAGGGGCUCGGGUUGGACGGAGUCUCGCUUGAGGACCCAAUGGGGGAGGGGGAGGAGCAGGAGCAGGAAGCGGUGGAAGUGGUAAGCGAACGGCUGUACGCCGCGUUCCUGAACGGGCUGAAGAAGAGCCUCAAGGACGCGCAGCUGCCGAUGCUGGUCAGCACGUUCUACUCGUCCGUGUUGCUGCCGUCGAGGCCACCGGGAACCUCGAUCGACGUCAAGAAGACCAGCUACCGGAAGAUUUCCAACUUCUUGCAGGAGAUGGAAGGGAGGGGACUGGUCACCCUCGAGGUGACCAAGGGCGUGCAGUCGCUGGUGGGGGUGAACCGUGCCCAUCCCGACCUCCGCGCGUUCAAGGCCACCACCGUCACGGCGGCGGCUCAGGCUGCGGCGGACGCGGCCGCGCUUGCCGCGGCCGAGGCGGGGGGCGGAGGAGCGACGGCGGCGGCGACGGCGGCGGCGGGUGACGGAGAGACGUCCCUGAAAGCUUUCGAGCUGUUCAAGCUUUCCCACAACAUCAAGAAGAUGCUCGGGAGCGACGCGGCUUCGGCGAGAGGGAAGUUCGGCGAGUACCUUACCCCAGCAGAGGCUCGAGACGUCCUUUUCGGGUACAUCAGGGCGGAGGGCCUCGACCACCCGACGAACAAGUCGCUUGUCGUCCUGAACGGCCCUCUGUGCGACAACCUCUACAAGCCUAUGAACAAGAAGGCCGCAAGAGUGGAGUACCCUACGGAGGCCAAGAAGGCCGAGCUACCGCGCCGGUUCCUCGACCGACUGCAGCUGCACCAUGCCAUCCUCUUGCCGGGAAACCCGCACCCGUUCGUCGGAAGAGGAGGGAUCCCGUCCGUGUCGAUAGAAGUGGAGAAGCGACAAGGCAACAGGCAUGCGACCAAGGUGAGGGGGCUGGAGGCGUAUGGCAUCGACCCCUCCACGCUCGGGCGUCAAGUCCAGAAGCGCUUCGCGUGCAGCACGGCAGCGCAGCCGGCGCCGGGCACGAACGGGAAGUACCAAGAGCUGAUGCUGCAGGGACACCUGGCGUCCGAGCUAGAGGACCUGCUGUCGGAGGAGAUGGGCAUCCCGCGGCGGUUCUUAACCACCGGCUUCUCUAAGGGCGCCAAGCCGAGGAAGGCACGGUGAUGACGAUGGUUGGUGAUGUCGAUGAUGUCGACCCGUUGUGAAGUGGAGUAUUGUAGAAUUAUGAAGCCCUCCUUUUAUGGAUACAUCUAUGGAUGGAUACGCCGGAGAAGCUAGGAUAUCGCACGUGUCCUCCCGGAGCUGCGCCUCUUUUUCAUCGUGGAUCUUGGGGUAUUUUCUGGGACACCCCCAGGGCAUCAAGCCUUCGUUUGGCUCUGCGGCGGGCGCUAGGCGAUGAUGCCAUGGGGCGGGUUUCCGGUGCUCUUGUCGGUCGACGCUCCGAGGCCAUAGUUCCAGCAAUCAACAGCAGUGCGACGGCUUCUUUCUCCGUCCUUCGGCUUGCCGACGACAUGCAUGCGAAAUGCAUCCGCAUCA